UGUAGAAAUCACACUUCGUCGCCGUCGCUCUCAAUAUAAAUCAUCACAAUAACAACAUUUAGUUAUUGAAAUACUAGAGAUUUGCAGGAAAACAUCAGCUGACAUGGAGAAGCAGGGCUUCAAACUGUGUGUAUUACUGCUGAGCACUUUGGCUGCAUCAAUGCAAACUUACCAGCUCCAAGAGGCCACCGUGUACUGGGAUGCUGCCCAGAAAAGUGUGAUCUUGAAGGAGGGGUUGAUGGAGGCAGAGGGGGGAGCCUAUGGUUACUUCAAUGACACUCUACUCCUCUCUGGAUGGGGUGUCUUGGAGAUCCAUGCAGGUCAUGGGGUGAUCACACAGGAAGACGAGACAACCUUUUUCCUGGCUGGGUACCUGGAAGGUUAUCUCACAGCUGAGCAGAUGUUCAACCAUUACUCCAACAUGCACCCUCAACUAAUAAAGGAUGAGAAGGUUCUGAAUCCCCUGCAAAGGUUUUUAAGCAAACAGGACCAGUGGGCCAGAGAGCAAGUGAAACUGAGGAGAUCCAGCGACCCCUUGUGGAAGCAUCUGGGACUGAUCCUGGCCCAGCUGGACGGACUCCACGCCGGAGCAGCACAGUGGGCCAAAAGCAAACACAGAGAGCCUCUAUCAGCGUUCGCCUUCCAGUUUCUGAAUGGUGUUGGCGACCUCCUGGACCUUGUCCCAGCUCUGACACCUCGCUCCAACUCCUCCACAGGGGCCGCCACUUUCAGGAUGCCAGGAAUGGGCCACUGCACAGCUCUCAUCAAGGUGCUGCCAGGCUUUGAGAACCUGCUGUUUGGCCACUCGAGCUGGUAUACGUAUGCAGCCACCAUGCGUAUCUACAAACACUGGGACUUCAGGGUGUCUGAUGCACACACCGCCACUGGAAAGAUGUCGUUCAGCAGCUACCCUGGCUUCCUGAUGUCUCUGGAUGACUUCUACCUUCUUGGUAGCGGCCUGCUGAUGACUCAGACCUCCAUCGGUGUCUUCAACAUCUCUCUCUACUCCCAGCUCAGCCCUCACAGCCUGCUGGCCUGGCAGAGAGUCCGCCUGGCCAACAGCCUGGCGCACAGUGGAGAGGAGUGGGCGCACAUCUUCUCCAAAUACAACUCAGGUACAUAUAACAGCCAGUACAUGCUGGUGGACCUGAGCAGGGUUUCUCUAGGCCACAGUAUCAGCAAUGGAGCUCUGACUGUGGUGGAGCAGAUUCCUGGGAAAGUGAUGCACUCUGAUCAGUCUCAAGCUUUACGCAGAGGUUACUGGCCAUCCUACAACAUACCAUUUCACAUCGAAAUAUACAACCUGAGUGGGUACGGUGUGAUGUGGAAGCGAUACGGAGAAGACUUCUCUUAUGACCUCUGUCCCCGAGCCAAAAUCCUCCGCAGGGACCAGGCAAAGGUGUCUGACCUCAGCUCCCUCAAACACAUCAUGAGAUACAACAACUGUAAGCAGCGUGACAAAAAGUCAAACUGUUCUAUUUCAGACUACAAGAGAGACCCCUACUCCAAGGGCCAUCCAUGUAAAACCAUCUGUUGCCGUAAUGACCUGAGACCAAGGAGACCACAUCCAGGGGGUUGCUAUGACACUAAGGUGACGGACUACCAGAUGGCUGUCCACCUGGUCGCAGAGGCAGUAAAUGGUCCCACAACGCAGGGGGGCCUGCGUCCGUUCUCAUGGCAAUCCUUCAACCUCUCAACUCAUCAGGGUCUCCCACACACCUACAACUUUCCCUUUGUCACCAUGAGGCCCACACUGCGUGGGCCCUAAGAGCACAGGGACAGAAGAAACCACUCAUCCAGUUAGGACAGGUCACGCUUUCCUGUUCAAAACAGGAAUCUGAAAAGGUUUUGUCACAACACUAAACAUCCUGUUGGUGCACAUGUGAUGACUGGGCACAGUGUAAAAGUGUGGCAAAAUAUGAUCAAAGUUUAAAUUCUGACAAGGCGCACAGUUGAAAAGGAGUCAUUAAAGGGUCAAAUGUGCACUCCAUGUGAACUUAGUGAAUUUAGUCGUACAGUCAUUUAUUUUAAAGCUGAUUAAUACCAGGCUGAGGAAGGACACCAGCUUGAUUGUUUGUUAUUUAACUAUUUACUAAUCCAUUAGUACAUUUGUAAUGUUUGAUAUCAACAACUAAUUAAUUUGUUUGUUGUUUUAAUAAUAUGCAAUGAUUACUCAGGUUUGCACAGGUGUGUAAGGAAAGUUUCUGACUGACUUUGUGUAAAUAUUAACAAUAAUAAAGUACCGGUAUUCAAAUAUACCUAAAAUG